AUGUCCUCAGACGACGCCUACAUGUCCUUCCUGGACAAGGCCAACGCAGACCUCAACGCCGGCCGCCCUCAACAGCAAGGGGCCAGCGAGACCGCCCGCACCGAGACAGUGGACGCCAACACCCAGAUCCCCGCGUCGCUGCAGUCGGUCGAUGCGUAUUACAUUUCGGACGCAGACGAGCCUUUUGAGCCCGUCGCCCUACGGUGGGAUGGCGCGUCCAAGGGAGAUUGGCCUAGCGCAGCUACCCUACCCUUGAUGGCGUGCGCUUUCCUGGAUAUUCGAUGGAUGCACUCUGACCCACCUUCGUACCAUCCAGAUCAAUUCUCCCGCCUCAUCUCCCCCUCUGUCGAUCUCGCCGAGUCCAUCUCAACCCUGAGCCCCUCCUCCUUCGAUCCGAAGAAUCAGUAUGCAUCCGUCCUGCGUGCCGUGCGUUCGGCGGCCGUGGAAAAGGAUGGUGAUGCCGACCAGUCCGGCGUCGACGUCAAGGUGUACCGGGUAGAACUGACUAGUACGAAAUUGGAGUACUGGGUGUUAGCUUUGGAUGUACCUGGCGGCCGGGUGGUUGGUCUGCGAGCCAAGGCUUUUGAGACGUAG